CACACGGGGCGGGGUUUAUUUUACAUUCUGAACACGUUGGAGGAGUCAGGAAGUUUAGUAACAAUACCUACAUUUUUGGGAACUUUUGACAACUACGGGCGUUUAUUUUGGUCUUAAAAUAAAAAAUGGCGUCUCUAAAUGGGAAACCGGACGUAAUAUUUGAGGAAGAUGACCUGCCUUAUGAGGAGGAGAUCAUCAGGAAUCCGUACUCGGUCAAGUGCUGGAUGCGUUACAUCGAGUUCAAACAAAACGGCACAAUGUCCAUCCUCAACAUGAUAUACGAACGAGCUCUGAAAGAGCUACCUGGCAGUUACAAGUUAUGGUACAACUACCUGAGAGAGAGACGGAAACAGGUCAAAGGGAAGUGCAUCAUGGAGCCAGCCUACGAGGAGAUCAACAACUGCCAUGAAAGAGCACUGGUUUUCAUGCACAAGAUGCCGAGGAUAUGGCUGGACUACUGCCAGUUCCUGGUGUCUCAGUGUAAGAUCACCAGGAGCAGACGCACAUUUGACCGAGCGCUCCGAGCCCUUCCCGUCACUCAGCACCCUCGCAUCUGGCCCCUGUACCUCCGCUUUGCCCGGAACCUGCCCCUGCCUGAGACCGCCAUCCGUGUCUACCGCAGGUACCUCAAGCUGUCCCCAGAGAAUGCGGAGGAGUACAUAGAUUACCUGCGUUCCUGCGGCAAGCUGGAUGAAGCAGCAGUACGUCUGGCAGCCGUUGUCAACGAUGAGAGCUUUGUGUCCAAGGAGGGAAAGUCUAACUACCAGCUAUGGCACGAGCUGUGUGACCUGAUCUCUCAGAACCCAGACAAGGUGAACUCUCUGAAUGUUGGGGCCAUCAUCCGUGGAGGCCUCACUCGCUUCACAGACCAGCUGGGCAAACUCUGGUGCUCCCUGGCUGACUACUACAUCCGCAGUGGACAUUUUGAAAAGGCUCGUGAUGUGUAUGAGGAGGCCAUCUUGACGGUGGUGACGGUGAGAGAUUUCACCCAGGUGUUCGACAGCUACGCCCAGUUUGAGGAGAGCAUGAUCGCUGCCAAGAUGGAGACUACCUCAGAGUUGGGGAAAGAUGAAGAAGAGGACAUAGACCUGGAGCUGCGUCUGGCCCGCUUUGAGCAGCUGAUCGCCCGCAGGCCCCUCCUGCUGAACAGUGUGCUGCUGAGACAGAAUCCCCACAACGUCCACGAGUGGCAUAAGAGGGUCAAACUGUACGAGGGGAAACCACGACAGAUCAUCAACACCUACACAGAGGCAGUUCAGACUGUGGACCCUAUGAAGGCUACAGGGAAACCCAGCUCUCUCUGGGUCUCCUUCGCCAAGUUCUACGAGGAGAACGAGCAGCUAGACGACGCGCGGACCAUCUUUGAGAAAGCCACCAAGGUGAACUACAAGCAGGUUGACGACCUGGCUGGCGUGUGGUGUGAAUACGGGGAGAUGGAGCUACGCCAUGAGAACUACGAACAGGCGCUACGUAUACUGAGGAAAGCAACUGCCAUCCCGUCCAAGAAGGCAGAGUACUUUGACGUGUCAGAGUCCGUGCAGAACAGAGUGUACAAGUCUCUGAAGGUCUGGUCCAUGCUGGCUGACCUGGAGGAGAGUAUGGGAACCUUCCAGUCCACCAAGGCGGUGUACGACCGCAUCAUUGACCUGCGCAUAGCCACGCCCCAGAUAAUCAUCAACUACGCCAUGUUCCUGGAGGAGCACAACUACUUUGAGGAGAGCUUCAAGGCGUACGAGCGUGGCAUCGCCCUCUUCAGGUGGCCCAACGUCUAUGACAUCUGGAACACCUACCUCACCAAGUUCAUCGACCGCUACGGGGGCAAGAAGCUGGAGAGGGCCCGGGACCUGUUUGAGCAGGCGCUGGAUGGCUGUCCAGCCAAGUUCGCCAAGACUAUCUACCUGCUGUACGCCAAACUGGAGGAGGAGUUUGGGUUGGCGCGUCACGCCAUGGCGGUGUACGAGAGAGCUACGCAGGCGGUGGACAACACGGAGAGGCAUCACAUGUUCAACAUCUACAUCAAGAGGGCUGCAGAGAUCUACGGUGUCACCUACACCAGAGCGAUCUACCAGAAAGCCAUCGAGGUGCUUCCAGACGAACACUCCAGGGACAUGUGCCUGCGCUUCGCUGACAUGGAGAGCAAACUGGGCGAGAUCGACCGGGGCAGAGCCAUAUACUCCUACUGCUCUCAGAUCUGUGACCCAAGGAUGACGGCCACGUUCUGGCAGACGUGGAAGGAGUUUGAGAUCCGCCACGGGAACGAAGACACUAUCCGGGAGAUGCUGAGAAUCAAGCGCAGCGUCCAGGCCACGUACAACACACAGGUCAACUUCAUGUCCUCACAGAUGAUGAAGGCCACCACCAACGCCACCAUCUCAGACCUUGCCCCGGGCCAGCUGGGGCUGGAUGAUAUGAAGCUGUUGGAGCAGCAGGCCCAACAGCUGGCUGCCGAGGCUGAACAGGACAAACCCAAACUCAAAGAGAAGAUCCUCUUCGUCAGGAGUGACACAUCUCGGAGUGAGCUGGCUGAACUGGCCAAACAAGCCAACCCCGAUGAGAUUGAUAUUGAGGAUGAGGAUGGUGAUGAUGAAGACCAGGGCCCAGAGGAGGUGCAGCUGGAACAGAAAAGUGUCCCCACUGCUGUCUUUGGAGGGCUGAAAGAAGGAGAAGAUUGAAUACAGAAUGUUGGGAUGGUAUCUGUCCCACAGACAUGACAUCACAGACGAGCUCCAUGGUCUACGAAUGGAGCCUUCAACACCCGUAAAAUGUAUGAUGAAAAUAGAUUGUAUGGAAUGUGAACUUCGUCGUUGAUCUUUUCUACAGUGGCAAGAAAAAGUAUGUGAACCCUUUGGAAAUACCUGGGUUUCUGCAUAAAUUGGUCAUAAAAUUUGAUAAUCUAGGU